ACUGCAAUCGCUUUUGCCGUCGUAAGACCAUAGGUGAAGAGGUAACAUACUGUAAUUUGAUUCAACAUCUAUCAUGUUCUGUCGAUUGUUAGCCACUUUUUCGUCGACGGUUCUUGUUCUCACAAUAAUUGAAUCGGUGAGAGCGGGCCCUUACUCAAGGGAUGUUGAAGGAUACAAGACGGAACCAGAUCACGAAACAGGAGCCAAGGUAGCGCGAUGGAUAAAGGAAAUGAACAUAAAUCCUGAGGAAAUGGGCAACUACUACGAGGGAGACAUCAUGAUUUCAAACAGCACCACAAGAAACGGUGAUAGAAGAGCACAGCGUUGGAUUAAUGGAGUUAUUCCCUACAAAAUGACUGGUAGCUUCACUCAAGAUCAAAUUAAUAAUAUAUAUCGGGCGAUGAACGAUUUUCAUAGUAAGGCAGGCAUACGAUUUGUACAACGGACGAACCAAUAUGAUCAUAUCGACAUUCGAAACGACAAUUCUGGAUGCUGGAGUUACGUUGGCAGACAAGGCGGUAGACAACAGGUGAACUUGCAGACUCCUGGUUGUACAUAUUACGUAGGAGUCCCCGUACAUGAGCUGAACCACGCCGUCGGCUUUUGGCACGAACAAUCUAGAGACGACCGAGAUUGGUACGUGGACAUCGUUUGGAAUAAUAUUCCAAAAGACAAACAGCAUAAUUUCAAUAAGUAUACCUCGGAUCAAAUCAACUCUUUUAACGUUGUUUACGAUUACGCCAGCGUGAUGCAUUAUUCAGCGAACGCGUUUGCCAUAAACCCCAACCAAAAAACCAUUAUUACAAAGGUAAGUAAUCAAUAUUUUUAUAAAUGUUCUAUAAAUGUCACGUCGUGAGACGGUUGAUUUCUUUGUUAG